AUGCGGCGGUACCUGCCGGUGGCCCGGCAGCACUUCCUGGCGGCGCUGGCCGGCACGAGCGUGGUGGUGAAGUCGCUGAGCGCCGCCGUCCUCCUGCUCUACCUGCUCUCCUUCGGUCUGGACACGGCCUACGGCCUGGGGGUGACCCCCGGGUAUCUCCUGCCCCCAAACUUCUGGGUGUGGACGCUGCUGACGCACGGACUGGUGGAGGAGCGGGCCUGGGGCCUGGCGGCCAGCCUGGCCACUCUGGGGGUGGCUGGGCGGCUGCUCGAGCCUCUCUGGGGAGCUCUGGAGCUGCUGGUCUUCUUCGCGGUGGUGAACGUCUCGGUGGGGCUCCUGGGGGCCCUUGCCUACUUCCUCACCUACGUGGCCUCCUUCCACCUUCCCUACCUGUUCGCCGUCCAUAUCCACGGCGGGCUGGGCUUUCUCGGGGGAGUCUUGGUGGCUCUCAAGCAGACGAUGGGGGACAGCACCGUUCUGAAGGUGCCCCAAGUCAGAAUGAAGGCUGUUCCUAUGCUCCUGCUCCUUCUCCUGUCUCUACUGCGCCUUGCUGCCCUCGUCGAGAGCAAUGUACUGGCCUCAUACGGCUUUGGGCUCCUCUCCAGUUGGGUCUAUCUCCGUUUCUACCAGCGGCACAGUAGAGGCCGUGGAGACAUGUCCGACCAUUUCGCAUUCGCCACUUUUUUCCCCGAGAUCCUGCAGCCUGUGGUGGGUCUGGUGGCCAACGUUGUGCACAGCAUCUUGGUGAAGGUGAAGGUCUGCCGCAAGACAGUCAAACGCUACGACGUGGGCGCCCCGUCAUCCAUCACCAUCAGUCUGCCGGGGACAGACCCCCAGGAUGCUGAGAGGAGAAGGCAGCUGGCUCUGAAGGCCCUGAAUGAGCGGCUGAAGCGUGUGGAGGACCAGUCAGCCUGGCCUAGCAUGGAGGAUGACGAGGAGGAGGCACCAGUAGUGGUUGCAAAGGCUGACAGCCCACUGCUGGCUGACCCUGGCACUGCUGGGAAGGGCACCAGCCAGGAGUCCAACCUCAUCACCUUCCAGGAUGCCCCAUCCCAACUGUGACCGGCCAACACACCACCCCUCUUCCCCACCCAGUCUCCAUUGGAGAGCUGCUAACCCCCAUCGUGUCCCCUCCCACAGCCAGGACCCUCGGCAGGGAGCAGGGACUCCUCCUGCAGCAGAGGCAAGGGGCUACCUCAUUCCAGUGCUUCACUGCUGCCCAUGGCCAGCACUGGGCAUCCAGGACAAUGCUGUUGGCACCACCAAAAGUACAGGGGUUCCUGGAGCUGCUCCCUUCCGUGCAGGACAGGCCGUGGAUGUCAGCACUGGCAGCUGUUCUGGGAGGGGGACAUGGGCCUAACCCCUACCCCGAGGCCACUGCACUUGCCCAGGUGGGAGCAGUCAGCAGCGCUUCCUCGCUUCUCCUCUGCACCAGGGGUCAGUCAG